AUGAAUUUGUGCGGUGGCGUGCAUAUGGUCGACUUUCUGACCCGGGAGCCUGACCUCUAUACAAGUAUCCUACCAAAAGAUUGGAUAUCUUUCUUCGAACAGCAUGAUGCUCAGGAUAUCAUCCGUCUACUCCUACGAGAGGACAUUGAGAAUUUACGAGGCGCCGGCGAGCCUUCCGUAGACCAAAGCAGGACUUGGAAUGGGGGAGAAUUCCCUCCUCAGAGUCUCCUGGAGUACAUUUUCAAUAUCCGCUCACUGACACUCCAACGAGAAAUGUGCAUCUCAUCUUCGGAGAAGAUUGAAUUACCAAAACAAGUUGCUAUGCAUAUGAACCGGAAAAAAGUACACGAGGUUGAAUGCUUUUCUCAAUAUGUCGCAUCUCUAUCAGACACUGUCGAUAAGCGCCGUGGUGAACCAGUCACUCAUAUUGUGGAUCUUGGGUCUGGACAGAACUAUCUUGGACGAACACUGGCCAGCUCGCCUUACUACAAGCAUAUCAUCGCAAUUGAGCGUAAACACCAGUACAUCAGCGGUGCCAAGGGCAUGGAUGUCCGAGCCAAGUUGGCAAAGAACCCGAAGGCUCAAUAUUCUCGCAAGGACAAAAGUUCAUGCGAUGGCUACAACGGAACUCCAGAAGUGACUGUUUCUGAAAUGACAGAUAUUUCACAACCAACGAUACAGGACUCGCAGGUCUCAGAUGCCCCUUUUUCUCAGGUGCUGGGAGAGAUUAGCCUUCAACCUGGCGAGCUAUUCGGGGCCCCCACCAAAGGCCCAUUACCGGAAAAGCUGCCGAAGCCAGAGACCCAUAGCCGUGGUACUCUAAGCUAUGUUGAGCAUGAAAUCCAAGAUGGCCACUUGGAGUCCAUUAUCGACCACAUCACCUCUCCAUCCACUACUGGAGCUUCUGACGGGAAAGGAAAAGAAGAGAGCGAUGCUAAAUUGAUGGUUGUUUCUCUUCACUCUUGUGGAAACCUUGUUCACCAUGGCUUACGAUCCCUGAUUCUAAAUCCCUCGAUUGUGGCUGUCGCCAUGAUCGGCUGUUGCUACAAUCUGUUGACAGAACGCCUCGGUCCAAACACACAUGACCUCCCUAUUCUUCAAUCCCUCCACCCUCGGCUUAAAGAGACUGGAACAUCAUACGAUCCGCAUGGGUUCCCUAUGUCUAAAUACUACGAGAAUUACCGAAGUCCAGGAGCAACGACCGGCGUGAAGCUUAACAUCACAGCUCGUGCACUGGCCGUGCAAGCUCCAUACAAUUGGGGCUUUAUUGACAGCGAAGUGUCCUUUACCCGUCACUUCUUCCGUGCUCUUCUCCAGCGUAUCCUCGUUGAUCGAAAUAUUCUUCCUAAGCCCUCUGUGCCGGAAGAUGUCUUCUCUGGCGAAGCUCACGCAGAAGCUAGAAGCAACUCCAUUAAUAUUGGAUCAUUGCCAAAAUCUGCCUUCAAAUCAUUUACUGCAUAUGUUCGUGCUGCGACGGUCAAAAUGGGUCGAGACCCCAUAUAUGCUUCCCAGGUGCAGGAGCACAUUGCUACCCUGACUGAUGAGGAAAUUCACUGCUACGAAACUCAGUACCUCCACGCGAGGAAACAUAUGAGCGUUGUGUGGAGCUUAAUGGCGUUCAGUGCUCAGCUUGUCGAGACGAUCAUUGUUGUGGAUCGGUGGCAAUUCCUUCGUGAACAGGAUUCGGUCAAAGACUGCUGGGUUCAGCCAGUAUUUGACUACAGUGAGAGUCCGCGUAACCUCGCAGUCAUUGGACUAAAACGGUGA